UCUCUCUCUCUCUCUCUCCCCGGACUGCUAGAUGCGGCGGGGUUUCUCUUAACUUUGCAUCAGCGCCCCCCCCUUCCAAACAACAGAUCCGCUGGAUCAAAGGACGACCCCCCCCGCACGAGCCCUGCAUUUGCUUAUUAACUGCAAAGGGGGCAGGGGCCGAGGCGGCCGGGACAGACGGACGGACGGUGGAGAAGCCGAGAUGCAACUGACCAGGGUUCCCCUCUGCCUCGUACUGCUUAGCCAGCUCUUCCCUGGCAAGGUUUCAGCCCGCCAAGGCUGCAAGAGCGGACGCUUCACCUCCCUUGGGGACUGCUGUGACCCUUGCCCCCCGGGCUAUGGGGUGGCCGUCCCGUGUGGCAGCUCCAACACGGUGUGCGAGCCCUGCAGAGAGAAUGGGACAUUCUCCUCCAGCAGCAGCGCCACGGAGCCAUGCCAGCCGUGCUCACGGUGCCCGGUGGCAGAGGCGUGCACCCCCACCCGCGACACUGUGUGCGCCCCCCAGUGCCCCCCCGGCCACUACCUGCACGCGGAAAACGGGACCAGCAGCCGGUGCUUGCCUUGCCAAGUGUGCGGGCCGGGCUACGGGGCAGCGACGCCGUGCGGGCCUACGAACAACACCAUCUGCCAAAAAUGCCCGGAGGGCUUUUACUCGGAGGAGAAGAGCGACUCGGCGCCGUGCCUGCCCUGCCGGCUGGAGUGCCACAAGGACGAGGUGAUGAUCCGGGCCUGCAGCCCCGUGUCGGACACGCUGUGCAUGGACAGAGAGCUGCAGAUCCUGAAGCGCACGGAUGGGGACCCCCGCAAGGAGCACCCCAAGAAGCCUCCGCUGUCUGAGUCAGAGGGCAGCGCCUCCCCCAAUAACUCCUCUGAGUUCCUCCCGCCGCUGCCAGACAACAGCAAGAACAUCAUCCCCGUCUACUGCUCUAUCCUGGCCGCAGUGGUGGUGGGGCUCCUGGCCUACGUGGCUUUCAAAUGCUGGAACACCUGCAAGCAGAAGCAACAGCUGGCCAAAGCCAGGGCUGGGGAGCUGGGGGCCUCCCCCGAGGGCGAAAAGCUGCACAGCGACAGUGGCGUCUUCCUCGACACGCACAGCCUGCAGGAGCACCACCCACUCAGCAAGGCGCACAGGGCCGAGCCCCGGCUGUACAGCGCCCUGCCACCCCACAAGCAGGAGGAGGUGGAGCAGCUGCUGGAGAGCUCCAGCCACGGCAAGGACUGGCGCUGCCUGGCCAGCCAGCUGGGCUACGAGGAAGAGGCCAUCGACACCUUCAGCCGGGGCGAAGCCCCCGCCCACACCCUCCUCUCCGACUGGGCCGCCAAAGAGGGGGCCACGCUGGAGGCCCUGUGCGCAGCCCUGGCCGGCAUCGAGCGGCCGGACGUGGUGGAGAACUUGACCGGCCCAGCUGAGGCCAGCUCGGUGGUGUAAUGGCACGGGCAAGCCAGCAGGGGGUCGCGCACCCCGCGAGAACGGGACUCGCUAGGAGUUUUAAAUGGCAACAAAAAAAGAAAAGGGGGGAGGGGAACAAAUUUUGUGAAUGAUAAGGGAACUUAAAAAAAAAAAA